GCAGCCAACCUGAGAGACGCACAGAGCAGCAGAGUCAGAGGAAUCAUAAAGAGCGAAGAUGUGUUGCUCCGGUCUUCUCAAAAUUAUGAUGUUUGUCUUCAAUGGAGGUAUCUUUCUGGCAGGGGGGGUCAUCUUGGGUGUAGGAAUAUGGGUGAAGGUGGACAGCGGCUCCCUUCUGGGUUUACUAGAAGAAGUGGAAGAUGCUCCCAACGAGUUGUCCCAGCUGGUGAACAUCAGCUAUCUGCUCAUCGGCGUUGGUGCCGUGCUCUUGGUCCUCGGCUUUCUGGGAUGCUGUGGGGCGGUGAGGGAGAGCCGGUGCAUGCUGCUGACGUUCUUCUGCAUCGUGCUGAUUAUUUUCCUCGCCGAGGUUGCAGGAGCCGUCAUACUGCUCAUCUUCCAGGAUGUGGCCAAUCAGCUUUUAAAUGAUGUGGAAAAUAAAGUCACUGCAAGCAUUAAGAAGAAGUAUGGAGCAGACGAGCGGAUGACCUCUCUCUGGAAUGCCACCAUGGAAGAGUUUCAGUGC